AUGGCUCAGCUGGGGCAGAGCAGCUGGGCAGGCUCGCUUGGGGCCAGACGCAAGCGGGGCAGACGUCUCGGUGGCACGUCGCCGCGACCUUCACCGUCGGACGAGAAGCCGAACCCCGAACACACGCUGCAGGCGAAGCUCCAACAGCAGCAGGCCCAGCAGAGCACGGGCUACCUGCACGACCUCAAGAGCCAGCAACAGCAGGUGCAGCAGGCCCAGCAGCAACAGGCCCAACAGCAACAGCAGCAGCAGCAGCUUCUGCGGCAGCAACAGACGCAACAGCAGAUCCAGCGCCAGCAGCAGCUGCUCAUGCAGGAGCAGCAGCUGUACCAGCAGAAGCUGCAGUUGCAGCAAGCGCAGGCGCAGCAGGCGGCGCAGGCGCAGCGGACCCUGACGGGGCUGUUGGCGGACUCGGCGGCCACCAGCUCCGUGGCGCCCGCGCUCUUCCCGCAGCACAUGACGCCGCAGCAGCAGCAGCUGUACCAGCAGCACAUGCAGCUGCAGCACCAGGCGCAGCACCUCAAGAAGAUCCGGCGCUCGCUGCCGCACUCGAGCGCGGCCACCUCGGACCAGGUGGCGGCGCAGGCGCAGCACCACCUCGACGAGCUCCGCCACCAGAUGAUGCAGGUGUCGGUGGUGCCGUCCGUGCAGCAGCGGCUGCUGUCAGGACAGACGCUGCAGCCCAUGACGGGCAUGAGCGUGCCGUCGCACCUGGUGAGCAGCCAGCCCGUGAUGAGCGGCGUCGACGCCCUCGGAAAGUGUGAGUGGAGCGCAGCGCGAGCC